CAUCAUCUCAUGGAAAAGUUUGAGGUAGAGAAGAUGAAGAUGUCUGAAAAUGGAGAGGAGGGAAAGAAAGAAGAACAUGUUGAAGGGAAGAAGUUGCAGCAGCAGCAGCAGCUUGGAGGUGUAAGAACAAUGCCAUUCAUUCUCGAAGAAGCUGAUCACGUGCAUGGGACGCACAAAAGCACAUGUGCACGUGCAAUGUGGGAUUAGGACACUGGAAUUGCAUAUAAGAUAGAUGAAUGGAGAUGAACAGCAAAUGAAGUAUGCGACAGAUUUGGGGCGUCCGGUUUUCAUGCCAAUAUGAUCACAUACCUCACUCAGGUCCUCAACUUGCCUCUAGUCAAGGCCUCCAACACCCUCUCCAACUUUGGUGGCACUUCCAAUUUCACACCCCUCAUCGGUGCUUUUGUUGCCGACUCCUUUGCCGGGCGGUUUUGGACGAUCAUCAUUGGUUCCAUAAUCUACUUGUUGGGCAUGGUUAUGAUUACAACGUCGGCAGUCCUGCCUCAGCUCCGUCCCCCACCGUGUCCGACUCAGGAGAACUGCCAAGAAGCCUCCAACAAGCAGCUGUCAGUUCUUUACGCUGCUCUUCUCUUGACGUCGUUAGGAACGGGUGGGCUUAGACCUUGUGUUGUCACGUUUGCGGCUGAUCAGUUCGAUAUGAGCAAAAUGAAAACAGAGUCCAGGAGUUGGAAUUUUUUCAACUGGUAUUACUUCUGCAUGGGGAUGGCCUCUUUGCUUGCUCUAACUGUCGUGGUUUAUAUCCAAGAUAAUGUCAGUUGGGCUUGGGGUCUUGGAAUCCCAACGAUGGCAAUGGGAUUAUCUGUUGUGGCUUUCAUCCUUGGUUCGUCCCUGUACAAGAAAAUCAAGCCAGGAGGGAGUCCAUUUGUGAGAGUCGCGCAAGUACUUGCUGCGGCUGUGAAGAAAAGGAAUGUCGUUGGACCGGCUGACCCUGGUGCUCUUUACACAAACAGAGAACUUGAUGCUGAUAUUUCUACUAACGGAAGGCUUCUGCACACAGAUCAGUUCAAGUGGCUCGAUCGCGCUGCAGUAGUAGCCGAUUCUGACAUGAAAGGAUCAAGCAAACCAAACCUAUGGAGGCUAGCUACUGUUCACAGAGUUGAAGAGCUGAAGACCAUAAUCAGAAUACUGCCUAUUUGGGCUGCAUCUAUAUUGCAUGUGGCUUCACAUUCUCAUCUGGGCAGUUUCACGGUCCAGCAAGCUCGAAGUAUGGACCGACAUUUAUCUCCAUCCUUUCAAAUCCCACCGGCCAGCAUGUCCAUAUUCAGUACUCUAACCGUGCUGACAGGCCUUCCUCUGUAUGAGCGCUUCUUUGUCCCCUUGGCUCGUUCGUAUACAGGAAAUCCCGUUGGAGUAACAUGCCUGCAGAGAAUGGGGAUUGGGUUCGGGAUCAACAUUUUUGCCACUAUUGCUUCAGCACUAAUCGAGAUUAAACGUAAAGCAGUAGCUGCAGAUCAAAACCUUCUUGACAAACCAACUGCAAUCAUCCCUAUCAGCGUUUUCUGGUUGGUUCCUCAGUAUUAUCUGCAUGGAUUAGCCGAAGUCUUCAUGUCCGUCGGCCAUUUGGAAUUCCUCUACGAUCAAUCCCCAGAAAGCAUGAGAAGCACAGCAGCUGCCCUUUUCUGGAUAGCAACAGCAAUGGGGAACUACAUGAGCACUGUUAUGGUAACUUUAGUUCACAACUACACUGGUGAGAAGAGGAAUUGGCUACCCGACCGGAAUCUCAACCUCGGGAGGUUGGAGAAUUAUUAUUGGCUUGUGACUGGAAUCCAAGUGAUAAAUUUGAUAUACUAUGUAAUAUGUGCCUGGUUUUAUAAGUAUAAACCAAUAAACGAGAUUUCUGAGACUGGAAGCUCAGAUGAAGAUGUUGAGUCUACUAAUAAUACAAAACCACUCUCAAAUGAUGCUAAAGAAGACAAACAAGUGGAGCUAGUGAGAACUUAGAGUUGUUAUGAUUAUUGACAAUAGUAGUUCAUGUAGAUUGAAGACCAGCUCACACAUUGUUACUUGUUCUUUCUAUGUGGCAACUAAGAAUUGACUACACUUUCUUACAUGUCUGUCUGAAUAGGUAGAUUUGCAAGAUUCUAACACAAGCAGUGGCAGAUCCACAAAGAACUAAUUACAUCACUAUCUCUUAAGUGUGAACAGAGGGCUUAUUUAUAUUCCUUUUCUCCCUUGUGAAACUGAAAGGUUGUCUGCAUUAGUUGAAUGGAAUUACAUAGGCAAAUUCCACCAAACUCUGAAAAGUACUAAGAGCCACUUAUCUACUAUCAUGAUCCCAGUAAGUAUCUUGAUCAUAUGCUCUUCAUCAAGAAACUUCAGAAAGCUCUGAUAGUUACACUGGGAAAAAGCAUACAAAGAGUUGAAAGUAUCUAAAGCAAGGAUUCAUCAUAAAACCUAUGACAUCAAGACAACCUAUAAUGAAUUAACUUAAGUAGUAAUGUUUAUGCCCAGAUGAUUCUUUCCUUGACUCUUACAGGUAAACCACCCUUCAUCCUUAGAGUCAAAGACAACAAAGGCUCAGGGGGGUUACCAUUCUCCAGCAACACAUCCA